AUGCCAUCAGCAACAGCUGUUGGAACUUUAAGCAGAGCGUUUCUGAUUAUCUCUUCGUCUGUUGUUGCCAACGGUUUCGUUCUUCCCUUGCAGCCUCGAACAAGUUCGAAAACUUCCCAGGAUUGGCAGUGCUCCUUGACCACUACAUCAACUCCUUCCGAAACUGAUGAUGCUGCUCUACAAUGGGAACUAUUCAACAAACAUCAUGCAAAGGGAUCCUGGAAGGGAAUUUGGACGACAUAUAACUUCAUUGGUGAUGUAAUUGACGAGACUGUCGCCAGCGUGGACCUAAUCCCAGGACCUGACCAGAUUCAACAUACUCACACAAUUGUGGUCGGAGCCAAACGAUCUGACUGUGCGACAUGCUUUGACUCUAUGGAAAAAAAGACUUUACCAGUGGCAGAAUAUUCACCUGUUGAUCUCAAAAAGAGUCGAUUCGCAGCUUGUUCGAUGGUUAAUGGACCAUCCUUGCUUAGAUCUGGGGCCAUGGCCACUGAGCUUGUUCUCAAUCAUGGGGAUGGCAGAGUAAGGGUUAUUUUUCAACACGCACCCGUGUGGGAACAGGGUGUUGAGCCUGGUUCUUGUCCACCACAAGGAUUGAAAUUGUUCCGAGCCCUAAUUUCCAGAGAAGCACUUCGAGACGCGCCACCUACGGCUGAUACAGAAGCUGCAAAUCCGCCAAAGGAGGGCAAUCCGAUUUUCAAUAGACCAGUCCCUCCAUUCAAUUGGUUCAAAAAAUGGGGAGGCAAUAUCAGCACGGCGUGGACUUGGGGAAAACAAAAGGGAAACCAAGGCUGGGCAGUUGAGGAAAUGGACGAUGGAGAUGCAUGGCAAGGGGUGACACCGGUAGACAGCUGGAAUCUGCGAUUGGGCUCCAUUCAUGUACAGUGCCCAAGUGUGAUUACAGAUGCUUCUACUGGUAUCUGCAGACUUGCAUGGCUCCCAGACGACGAGACGCUUUUGAGAGUCGAAGCUGGUGUCAUGGUGUUGCAACCUCUGAUCGAAGAUGAUGUCAUGACAGGUUUCGAAUUGCCUUCGCUAACUAGUCUGAGAUGUGAUAUGAUGAAAAAGACUGGCGAGCUAGAUAGAGAAAAGGAGUUCAUACCAUCUCGAGACUUGAACAAAGACGACGACACAAAUAACAAGGUGCAGGAACCGCAGAUAGAUACCAAAAACAGCUCAGAGGCAUCAAGGAUAAAGAAAACACAAAGCAGCAAUCCCCAGCCUGAAAGCGAUUCUAGCUCGAAUCCAAUUCGCGACUCUCUAAGCUUGUAA